GAAGUAGAAGUAGAGUUGCCAAGUGAAAUUGGAAAUAUGGUACACUUAAGGUUUCUAAGUGUGAGGCUUAGCAAAAUAAAAACGUUUCCGCCAUCCCUAGGUAAUUUAGUAUGCUUGCAAACUCUUCAUUAUAUUGUUUACUUUGUAAGACAGCUCAUGGUCAUCCCAAAUGUGAUAAUGAAGAUGAAACAAUUAAGACAUUUAUAUUUACCCUGGAAUUACAGAGCAAAGGGUAAGCUGGAGCUGUCUACUCUUGGCCAUCUACAGACCUUAUAUAACCUUUCAAGUGAGUAUUGUGAUUUGAAAGAUGUUGGUAGAUUAACCAAUCUUAGAAAACUGAGAAUAAGAGUGUCAAGCUCUUUGCAAAAUCUGGAGGAAAUCUUAAAAUCUACAAGCAGAACGCUUAAUCGUAUCCGGUCUCUAAUUGUGUUUGUGGAAAACAAUAGUGGUGAAGAGCAAGCCAUGCAAAUAGUAUCAAGCUGUCGGGGUAUAUACAAAUUGACGUUGGUAGGGCCAAUCGCAGAAUUACCGAAAGAGCUCCACAACUAUCCAAACCUCACCAAGUUACGAUUGUGGGAAUGUGGUCUCAAGGAGGACCAAAUGGGAAUGCUAGAGAAAUUGCCAAACCUAACAUCUCUGAGCCUUAGAAUGAAAGUUUUCAAAGCGAAUACAAUGAUACUGGUUUUCUCCAAAGGAGGCUUUCCUUCUCUUCAAUUUCUUUUUUUUUUUGGUAUGCACGAAAUAACAGAGUGGAGGGUAGAGGAAGGAGCCAUGCCUAGUCUCUGCCAAUUGCGCAUUGAAUAUUGCAAGGGAUUGACUACACUUCCAGAUGGGCUGAGAUAUAUUACUAAUCUCAGGGAAUUAACCAUCAGAAGGAUGCAUAGAGAACUCCACCGUCGGAUUGAGGAAGAUGGAGAGGAUUUCUACAAAAUUCAACAUGUACCUUCCCUUGUAAUUGGAGAACCACACGAGGACUAACCACCACCGAUGCAAUGAUGGCAAGCUGCAGGUAGGACCUGACAUUGAGAAAGUAUCUCGAAACUCUGCAGCAGGGGGAGCAUGUGCGAAGUUGAACUUAUAGGGAGAAGAAAGAAAUGCUCUAUAAAAAUCAAGAGGAGCAAAGAUGUGGUCAACUAGUUUAAAGUUCGUUACAAGCUUUUGGGUCUAGUGGUUGUCCAACAAUACACUUAUAUUACACAAUUGAAAUUAUUGUAUUAUAUUAAAAUUUCCUUGAUGAAACCUUCUUUCGUGUCUGCUUUCAAUUAUGA